AUGAAUAGCGAGAAGAGCGCAUACAGGGUGAGGAAGCCGAGGACGAGCAGGGCGUGCGAGGUGUGCCACGACCGAAAGGUCCGGUGCGACGCGAACAUCCGGGUGCCCUGCACUUCGUGCCAGACGUUCGGGCUGGUGUGCCGGCUGCGGGACGUGAAGAAGGUGAAGCGCGGCAAGAAGGUGGGCGGCGCGGCGGGCGGCGCGGAGGCCGGGCUGAAGGCCGAGGACGACGCAGAGGUGGGCGCGCACCCGUCGGCUGGCGCCGACGGGUGCGCGCCCGGGCACGGGCACGGGCACGGGCCCGGGCAGGGCGCGGGCCAGGGCCGUGAGAACGAGGAGGAGCAGACCGUCAAGGAGACCGUGUCCAACGGCAUGCCCUACGGCGACGAGUACCUGCGCGGCCGCGGCGUGGAGCCCGGCGUGUUUUUCGACGCGGAGCGCGAGGACCGCGACCGCGUGUACGUGUACUUCGGGUCUUCCAGCUUCCUCAGCAUGCUGACGGGGUCGUCGUUUCCGGACGGCUCGAACUUCGCGUCCGCGCAGAAGCUGCGCUCCGCGCUCCCGCUCUCGGGCGAGGGCAGCCCCAGGGUCGCCAACCUGGAGAUGCUGCGCAUCACCGGCGCGUUCCUGCUGCCGUCGAAGCAGAUCUGCGACGAGCUCGUGGACCUCUACUUCCGCUACAUCCACCCGCUCAUGCCCAUCAUGAACCAGACCGAGUUCCGCAAGGCCUACGCGGCAAACACCUGCUCCAUCUUCCUCCUGCAGGCGAUUCUGUGCGUCGCGGUGAAGCUCUCCCGCAACCCGCUGCUCAUGGACAAGAACGGCUCCACGGACCUGGCCUCCAACAUCUUCUACCAGCGCGCCAAGUCUCUGUACGACGGCCGCUACGAGGAGAACGAGGUGUGCCUCCUGCAGGGCAUGAUGCUGCUCAGCAAGCAGGCCUUCAACGAAAAAAACACCAUCCACAUGCCCAUGUACUUCAUCAAAAACGCCGUCACCAUAGCGCAAACCUACGGCCUGCACCGCUCCGCGGACUUCCACCCCACCUUGACCGCGAACGAAAAGAGGGCCCGCAAGCUCAUCUGGUGGAUCUUGUACGUCAUAGAUACUCUUGUGUCGAUAUCAAUUGGCAGGCCCCAGGCCAUAAAUCUUGAUGACUGCGACGUUCCCGUUCUGACCCACGACGACUUUGUCUUCGAGGGCGAGGCGCCCGAGCACUCCAUGCCCGUGGACCACAUGGACUGCAUUAUAUCCACCGUGCAGAUAGCAGAGAUCAUGUCGCGGAUAUCCCGCGAGCUCAACCGCCCUGCCGCGGCCCACUGCGACGCCAAAUUUUUAAUACAACAUUUCGACCUUUUGCUGCAGCGCUGGCGGAACAACCUGCCCGAGUCCCUGACGUACCACUCCAACGCCGAGAUCUUCACCAAGCACUCCAUUCCAAAGGCCUUUGUCAACGCGCUUUACUACAAGACUCUGUGUCUGCUGCAUAAGUCUAACAUUCACGACAUGGUCAGGGCGUCUGAUGAGCAGUAUCUCUCGGCUGGUAUCGCAUUCCAAGCAGCGCAUUCUUUAAGUUUGGUUGGCCAAAUCCUGCUUGAUAGAGACGAGUUGGGAUACUGCUACGCGGGUCACGCAUACUGUUUCUUUGAAGCCAUGACGAUAUUCGUUCACCACAUGUACGAUUCAAGUUCUAUUUUCUCGGAAAUAGCCCUGAAAUGCUACCACGUUCUGGAGCAGGUUCUCUUGAAGUUGGGGCAGCAGUGGAACUCAUGCGCAUUGCUGGGCGAGGUUCUGUUCUCGUUCAGUAAAAAGCCAGAAUACAUACGCAGAUUGGUUAAGAGCUUCAAGUCCAAGAUCAGCAAUGAGAAGAGCCCUGCUAUUCCAAUAGAAGUUCCAAGCCCAGCACGUAGCAUUGAGAUCGACCGACAACGGCCAUCUCCUACGAGCGUAGGCAGCUGGAGCUCUCCAAUUCAGGGCAUCAAUGCUGUCGACAACAAAAGCCCCAACUCAGCUUAUAAGCAACUAAGAUACGCCGCGCGUCCUGUAUUCCCAGUAAUUCCUAAGAAUCCGCGUAUUGUGAGCCCAUCGCAACACAGCCCGAAAAAUCCCAACCCUCAGGUUCCAUUUAUUCAGGCUGCCACGAACCCUCAGCCCCCUCCUAUACAAGGACCGCCACCGCCAUGGGCGCAUGACUUUAACUUCACUACCACAGAUCUCUCGCAAGUUGGUCCUCAUCACAAAAGUUUCGAUCCUCAUCAACUAUUCCCCGAUGUCUCCCAGCCGCUGCCAGCAGACUUCCACUUCAACAGCAAUCUCGAAGCCGAGCUUGACACUGCGCCUGGUCCAUUGUAUGAAGGCGUUGAAGACGAGGAUCAGACGGAGCCUCCAUCUAGCACAAGUGAGAACCCGCCCACGGACUUAGUUCAGAGUUCGGGAGACAAAACUCCCGCGCAACUUACUGAGAUAAGAGACAGACAGCCCGUCCAAAAGACAUCUAUACCUCUGCCUCCAGGAUUUUGGGAUAGCAUACAAGUGAACUUCAAUUUCUUCACCCCGCCAGAGAACGUUAACUUUCAGUGGCCGGCUGCAGAUUCACGUGGCAGCGACGAUCCACGGGAAUAA